GUCAACACCAUUUUUGCUAUCACCACCAGCUACUGCAAGGAACAUCUGAAGCAAAGGCAACUGGUAAGUAUAAUUAUUGCUAGCUAACAUAUUUGUAUAUAUCUUAUGUUGUGUGGCAUAGCUAAACGUGCUUUAAACCACAUAGCUAUCUGUUGGUUGAGUAAAUCAGGGUAAAGUGCUCAGAAAGCCUUUUGUUAUUGGCGUCAUGUCAGCAAUGCUAAGCUAGCUAUAUAGCUACAAGCAAGAAACCCAGUUAGCCCUAGUUAAGUUAUCCACGUAAGUUUAACCAGCUCCAUUGCACGUAAGCAAGACUAGCUCGUCUGUUAAUUUGGCAAUACACGGAGGGCUUUCACAUGGUAGGCCAAUUUAGCUGUGUUAGCCGUAUUAGCAUUAGUUAGCAGCCGACCAUAAGCAACUUGCUAGAACAUUCUAGCUAGCUAGCAACGUCACCUGCCAAGUCAACAUACUUACUAACAAGCUAGCUAGCUAUUAGCCUAGGAUUAAGAAACGAAACUAUCUAUAAUCACAAACGGACUAAACGCCACUCCAUGGUGAGCUUUAGUCCGAUAUUUAAACAGAUGGUAACGUAUAGGCUUUUUUGUUAUAAUGUAUCCUCUAAAUUACUGUUAUAGCUACAAUUAAUCCCAACCAGUUGCAAGUUAUUUACAAUGGAUAUGUUUUUUUUAGACCUACAACAUCAUCUCAUUAUCUUUCUUUCUUCAUCAGGGGCCCUCACAACACACAUUCUACUGAGAGGUUUGGACCUCAAUCCAAAAUGACAGACACAAAGCGUCUUGCCAUCUCCAUCAUUCAGUUUCUUCAUGAUCAACUGGGCUCUGGGAGUCUAUCGUCAGAUGCUCAGGAAAGUUUAGAAGGUACGUUGGGAAGCCAAGAUUAAUUCUGAGGGGAUGGGUUCACACCCUAUGUUGGACGAUGGCCAGGGACUCAACUGUGUCCAGUCGGUGUCAUUGCCUUUCCUCAACAUCUGAUUAUUUUCCAGUUGCAGUCCAAUGCCUGGAGACGGCCUUCGAGGUCUCGACCGACGACCAGACCCUAUCUGUCACUCAAACAUUACCAGAGAUUUUUGCCUCUGCGACACAGAAGGUAGACUCAAAAGAUGUCCACUUAAUAUGAAGGUGAUUAUGUGGUCAAUAGCUUUUUGUCUCAGAUGUGUUGACUGUCUGUUGCAGCAUCCAGAUACCCCCCAGGUGAAAAUAAACACAGCCACAGAUUCCCCCACUGAGGAGGAAGUAGCAGAGGCAGAGAGACUCAAAACUGACGGUAGGACCUCCCCUGUAAUAGUUUGUGCAUUACUCAGUCUUCACUUUCAGCUUAAGUAUUUUAUUAGGAUCCCCAUUAGCUACUGCUAAAGCAGUUGCUACUCUUCCUGAGGUCCACAUAAAACAUAACAUAUUAUGGAACAUUAAUACACAAGAACAGCUCAAGGACAGAACUACAUUCUUUAAAAUAAGAUUACACAUUUUCAUAAACUUAUACCUUAACAUUCCAUGCAUCGUGUACUCAUAAUUAAAUUUACAUUUACGUCAUUUAGCAGACGCUCUUAUCCAGAGCGACUUACAAAUUGGUGCAUUCACCUUAUAGCCAGUGGGACAACCACUUUACAAUAUGUUUAUUUUUUUCUCUGGGGUGGGGUAAGGGGGGGUAGAAGGAUUACUUUAUCCUAUCCCAGGUAUUCCUUAAAGAGGUGGGGUUUCAAGUGUCUCCGGAAGGUGGUGAGUGACUCCGCUGUCCUGGCGUCGUGAGGGAGCUUGUUCCACCAUUGGGGUGCCAGAGCAGCGAACAGUUUUGACUGGGCUGAGCGGGAACUGUGCUUCCGCAGAGGUAGGGAGGCCAGAGGUGGAUGAACGCAAUGCCCUCGUUUGGGUGUAGGGACUGAUCAGAGCCUGAAGGUACGGAGGUGCCGUUCCCCUCACAGCUCCGUAGGCAAGCACCAUGGUCUUGUAGCAGAUGCGAGCAUCAACUGGAAGCCAGUGGAGUGUGCAGAGGAGCGGGGUGACGUGAGAGAACUUGGGAAGGUUGAACACCAGACGGGCUGCGGCAUUCUGGAUGAGUUGUAGGGGUUUAAUGGCACAGGCAGGGAGCCCAGCCAACAGCGAGUUGCAGUAAUCCAGACGGGAGAUGACAAGUGCCUGGAUUAGGACCUGUGCCGCUUCCUGUGUAAGGCAGGGUCGUACUCUCCGAAUGUUGUAGAGCAUGAACCUACAGGAUCGGGUCACCGCCUUGAUGUUAGCGGAGAACGACAGGGUGUUGUCCAGGGUCACGCCAAGGCUCUUCGCACUCUGGGAGGAGGACACAACGGAGUGGAAAGGCUAUACUGCAGCAAUUCAUUUCCCCCAUACAUUUUACAUUUUAGUUAUUUAGCAGACGCUCUUAUCCAGAGCGACUUACAGUUAGUGAGUGCAUACAUUUUUUCAUACUGGCCCCCCGUGGGAAACGAACCCACAACCCUGGCGUUGCAAGCGCCAUGCUCUACCAACUGUAGCUCUAGUGCUACAACUGCUUUCUGUAAGCCGGCCCUGAUAUUCUUCUCACAGCUCCAGUGUUCUGUCAACACCAGAAAGAAUCUCACAACAUCAGGAAGACUCAUGAUAAAAUAAUAGCAACAAUCCCUGUCCUUGGUCUGUAUACCUUCAGCAGUCUGACUCCAAUAUUAUCAACAGAUAUGAACAUUGAGUCUAAGAUCCUCAACUUAGUACAAACACACUGGCAGAAUCAUGUGUUUACCAUCUGUGUCAUUGGUCCUUCCAUCUGACGUCAAUACUAUGCAUAAUCAUGUGAUGCAAAGAUGCUAUUGAAUGUAAACGCGACAAAUGGAGAUGUGAAGUUCCACAAAAGUCGUUCCAUCCUGCUCAGUUCCCCUGAUGUGAACAGAUCCACAUAUCAUAUGGAGCGUUGCGCUCCCUCUAAAGUUUCCCUGAUGUGAACUUAGCUCUCUUCAUAUGUAAUGUUAAGAGCUGUUUGUAGGCCUAUAAUAUUUGUAUUUUCUUUAUGGCAGGCAAUGAUAAAAUGAAGGUUGAGAAAUUUGGGGCAGCUGUGGAAUUCUACUCAAAGGCUAUUGCCAUAAACCCCCGGAAUGCAGUUUACUACUGCAACAGGUAUUGACCAACACACUCUUAAACUUGGAGGACUCUGUGACUAUUAGUCACAAAUUGUGUAUGUCCAAAUGCAAAUUUUGUGGAUAUUCACGCAUGUGUGCAGCUUUAGUAAAGCAAUAAAAAUGUAUUCACGCUUUUGUUUUUAUGUGAAGUACUGCUAAUUGUAUGGACUUGUUUUUGCUAGGGCUGCUGCAUACAGCAAACUAGGCAACUACGCUGGAGCAGUUCAGGACUGUGAACUUGCCAUUGGGAUUGACCCAAACUACAGCAAAGCAUAUGGAAGAAUGGGGUAGGUUAGACCCUAGCGUUCAAUGUUACCGUGGACAUGGGCCACUGUGUUGCUGCUUUGUUAUUGACUGAUGAUUGAACAUACAUUGACUUCAAACGUCCCAUGCUUCCAGGUUGGCUCUAGCCAGUUUAAACAAACACACAGAAUCUGUAGGUUAUUACAAGAAAGCCCUGGAGUUGGACCCAGAGAACGACACCUACAAAUCCAACCUGAAAAUAGCAGAGCAGAAAAUGGAGACUCCAAGCCCAGUAAGUUGAUUACAUCUCAACCACUAUGGAGAAUACAUAAUAUAUAAUUGUUGAUCGUGUUAUUUUUUUUUUUUUUUCAGACAGGAGGAAUGGGAGGAGUUGAUCUGGCUGGUUUGCUCAGUAACCCUGGUUUCAUGAACAUGGUGAGUUCCAUGAAAGCUGUAAUAUGUAACUUUUUGGGCGACCUGACCAAAUUCAAAUAGACAUGCAGUGAGGGAAAAAAGUAUUUGAUCCCCUGCUGAUUUUGUACGUUUGCCCACUGACAAAGAAAUGAGCAGUCUAUAAUUUUAAUGGUAGGUUUAUUUGAACAGUGAGAGACAGAAUAACAACAACAAAAUCCAGAAAAACGCAUGUCAAAAAUGUUAUAAAUUGAUUUGCAUUUUAAUGAGGGAAAUAAGUAUUUGACCCCUCUGCAAAACAUGACUUAGUACUUGGUGGCAAAACCCUUGUUGGCAAUCACAGAGGUCAGACGUUUCUUGUAGUUGACCACCAGGUUUGCACACAUCUCAGGAGGGAUUUUGUCCCACUCCUCUUUGCAGAUCUUCUCCAAGUCAUUAAGGUUUCGAGGCUGACGUUUGGCAACUCGAACCUUCAGCUCCCUCCACAGAUUUUCUAUGGGAUUAAGGUCUGGAGACUGGCUAGGCCACUCCAGGACCUUAGUGUGCUUCUUCUUGAGCCACUCCUUUGUUGCCUUGGCCUUGUGUUUUGGGUCAUUGUCAUGCUGGAAUACCCAUCCACGACCCAUUUUCAAUGCCCUGGCUGAGGGAAGGAGGUUCUCACCCAAGAUUUGACGGUACAAGGCCCCGUCCAUCGUCCCUUUGAUGCGGUGAAGUUGUCCUGUCCCCUUAGCAGAAAAACACCCCCAAAGCAUAAUGUUUCUACCUCCAUGUUUGACGGUGGGGAUGGUGUUCUUGGGGUCAUAGGCAGCAUUCCUCCUCCUCCAAACACGGUGAGUUGAGUUGAUGCCAAAGAGCUCCAUUUUGGUCUCAUCUGACCACAACACUUUCACCCAGUUCUCCUCUGAAUCAUUCAGAUGUUCAUUGGCAAACUUCAGACGGGCAUGUAUAUGUGCUUUCUUGAGCAGGGGGACCUUGCGGGCGCUGCAGGAUUUCAGUCCUUCACGGCGUAGUGUGUUACCAAUUGUUUUCUUGGUGACUAUGGUCCCAGCUGCCUUGAGAUCAUUGACAAGAUCCUCCCGUGUAGUUCUGGGCUGAUUCCUCACCGUUCUCAUGAUCAUUGCAACUCCACAAGGUGAGAUCUUGCAUGGAGCCCCAGGCCGAGGGAGACCGUUAUUUUGUGUUUCUCCCAUUUGCAUAUAAUCGCACCAACUGUUGUCACCUUCUCACCAAGCUGCUUGGCGAUGGUCUUGUAGCCCAUUCCAGGCUUGUGUAGGUCUACAAUCUUGUCCCUGACAUCCUUGGAGAGCUCUUUGGUCUUGGCCAUGGUGGAGAGUUUGGAAUCUGAUUGAUUGAUUGCUUCUGUGGACAGGUGUCUUUUAUACAGGUAACAAGCUGAGAUUAGGAGCACUGCCUUUAAGAGUGACUUACCUGUAUAAAAGAAACCUGGGAGACAGAAAUCUUUCUGAUUGAGGGGGUCAAAUACUUAUUUCCCUCAUUAAAAUGCAAAUCAAUUUAUAACAUUUUUGACAUGCGUUUUUCUGGAUUUUACCAUUACCAUUAAAAUUAUAGACUGAUCAUUUUUUUGUCAGUGGGCAAACGUACAAAAUCAGCAGGGGAUCAAAUACUUUUUCCCCCCACUGUAUGAGUUAUAGAUCUGUCAUUCUCAUUGAAAGCAAGUCUAAAAAGCAGUAGAUAUGUUCUAUGUGCGCUAUUUCUGUGCUUCCCAUUCUUACAUUUCAUUUUUGCGUCUUUUACUUUAGGUUUUGUACACCAGCUUCAAAAAGCUGAAAAUACUAUAUUUUUGGUUAUGGAAAAUAUAUUUCACAGCGGUGUAGAUGGUACAAUGAUUCUCUACACUAUACUUGCUUGUUUUGUCACAAACUGAAAUUAGGCGACCUAUAAGAAUUUUAGCACCCAUAAAAUGGCGGUGCGAUUUCUUCACAGUGCACCGUUAACUAAAACAAAGAAGGGCUCCUAUUGGUAGAUGGGUAAAAUAAAGAAGAUAUUGAAUAUCCCUUUGAGCAUGGUGAAUUUAUUAAUUACACACUGGAUGGUGUAUCAAUACACCCAGUCACUACAAAGAUACAGGCAAACUUCCUAACUCAGUUUCCAGAGAGGAAGGAAACCGCUCAGAUUUCACCAUGAGGCCAAUGGUGACUUUAAAACAGUUACAGAGUUUAAUGGCUGUGAUAGGAGAAAACACCACAAUACUAACCUAAUUAACAGAGUGAAAAGAAGGAAGCCUGUACAGAAUAAAAAUAUUCACAAACAUGCAUGUGGUCCUCUGUAGCUCAGCUGGUAGAGCACGGCGCUUAUAACGCCAAGGUAGUGGGUUCGAUCCCCGGGACCACCCAUACACAAAAAAAAAAUGUAUGCACGCAUGACUGUAAGUCGCUUUGGAUAAAAGCGUCUGCUAAAUGGCAUAUUAUUAUUAUAUUAUAUUAUGCAUCCUGUUUGCAACAAGGCACUAAAGUAAUACUGCAAUAAAUGUGGUAAAGCAAUUUAGAUUUUUGUCCUGAAUACAAAGUGUUAUGUUUGGGACAAAUCCAAUACAACGCAUUACUGAGUACCACACUCCAUAUUUUCAAGCAUAAUGGUGGCUGCAUCAUGUUAUGGGUGUGCUUGUAAUCAUGGUUCAGUCUGCUUUCCACCAGACACUGGGAGAUUAAUUCACCUUUCAGCAGGACAAUAACCUAAAACACAAGGCCAAAUCUACACUGGAGUUGCUUACCAAGACAGUGAAUGUUCCUGAGUGGUCGAUUUACAGUUUUGACUUAAAUCUAUGGCAAGACCUGAAAAUGGUUGUCUAGCAAUGAUCAACAACCAAUUUAACCAAUUUGACAGAGCUUGAAUAAUUUUUAGAAGAAUGAUGGGCAAAAGUUGCACAAUACAGGUGUGGAAAGCUCUUAGAGACUUGCCCAGAAAGACUCACAGCUGCAUUUGCUGCCAAAGGUGCUUCUACAAAGUAUUGACUCAGGGGUGUGAAUACUUAUGUCAAUUAGAUAUUUCUGUAUUUCAUUUUCAAUAAAUGUGCAGACAUUUCUAAAAACAUGUUUUCAAUGAGUUUCCCACUAGUAAUUAUUAGUUGGAGGGGCGUUCAACUGGAUUUUUCCCAGUUGUAUGCUCGUAUUUAUGAAUUGAUGAGAUGUCAUGAACACAGCAUAUGUAGAAAAGGUUUACCAAAUUAGAAAUCGUAUUGACAUUGUUACGGCUGCUUUGUCCUAGGCAUCCGGUUUGAUGAACAACCCACAAGUACAGCAACUGUAAGUUAUCCAUUAAUUGUCUAUCAAAUAUAUAUUUUUUUUUAGAUGUAGCACAAGGACUUUGUAAAUGAGAUUCCACAAUUACUUGUGAAAUGUAGGGAGCUUUUAAAGUAAAUGCAUGUAGAGAAUAUACCACCUUUCUUGUCUGUGUUGUACAGGAUGUCGGGGAUGAUGUCAGGGGCUUACGGGCCAAUGGGAGCUCCAGCAGCGCCUGGAAUAGGGCCUGGGUUAGGAGCCGGACCAGGGUUAGGGUUAGGAGCCGGACCGGCAGCAGGAGUUGGAGUAGGGGGAGCGGGACCAGGUGACAUCUCUGGUCUCAUCCAAGCGUAAGUCUACCACCAGCUCUACUCAGUCUGUGCCAAAUAGUACUUGUAUAUUGUAUUAUACCCAUGGCAUCAGUGAUAAAGACAUGAAAGCAUUUAACAUCUGUGAGUAUUAAUAAAAUGCAUUGAUUCAAUGCAUUCAUGUUUUUGUGACUUGUACUUGGUAACUGCCAUUCCAUCACCUCGCUGUGUCCAUGUCCAUUUAGGGGCCAACAAUUUGCACAGCAGAUGCAACAGCAGAACCCAGAGCUAAUUGAACAGCUGAGGAGUCAAAUUCACAGCCGGACACCUAGCGGUAGCAACGAAGAGCAACCUUGACCCUCAGAUGGGUAAGAUUAACAUUUUUAAAUGGUUAUGGGUUGGUCCAUGUAUCGUAGAGUCGUACUGGGUUGUUUUUGCAAUGUGUUUUUUGUUCACCUUUACAAAGUGCACAUGUAGAGCUAAUCAUAAAAUGGUCUGAUCUCCCUUUUCUGACAGAGGAAGAUUUGCGUGUGGAAAAGAGAAGAGAUGCUGUCCUUUUUUUUAAAUCUCCCAACUCCAUGGACAAAAAGCUUUAUCACUGAGUAGUUAUUGCAUGUGUGCUCCGCCCCCGUCUUAAAGGAAACUGAUCAACAAAACCUUGCAGAGAUGAUGAAAUUUGAUAAACCUGUUGUCAACAGAUAUCUAGUCCGAAGUGUCUGGAUUGAUUGGGGUGUCACAUCAGUUGCACUGCAAUGUCACACCAGUGUAGCACUUGGUUUAGGUGUUUAAUGUUACUAAUUCCUGCCAGUGGACUGUUGUCAUUUAGUCCCCCCAGUGGACUAAAUGCAGCUGCAUCACUUGAGCUUUGUCAGUUCAGGUACACAGAAACACCUUGAGAUUAUUAUGCGAUAAUACAGUUCAGCAGCCAUAUACAUUUUGAGAAGCAUCUAUUUGUACAGAGAAAUACUGCUUGCAGGGAUGGUAUCUAGAGUACUGUCAACAUUAUGGGAAUUUAAAUUGAGCAUUUCAAAUAGGACCUAUUUGUGUCCUCUGUAAUCCAGGAGUUGUUUAAGCAUUAUACACUUAUUUUGUAAUGGGUAUGUCAGUGUUACACUGUUUUUGUUUUUUCUAACAUGGGUGGCUGACGUUUUUGUUCACAAUCUUUGAUUAAAUCAUACUGAUAAAUUAGCCUAACAUGUUUGCUUGAUUUUAAACCUAUUUGUUAUCUAUUUCAACUCAGGAAAUAAAUUGAAAUUAAAUUGAUGAAUUGGAAAUUCCAUUUAGAAAAUAUUAGUGAAUUGAAAUUAUUUAUUUGACUUGACU